UCAUGCGCAGUGCGGGCGGGCGCUGCUAACGUGUCACUGACUGACUGAGCUCCCCUUGUGUGUCGGCAGCCAUGGAAGACGAGGAGCGGCAGAAGAAGCUGGAAGCGGGCAAAGCCAAGCUUGCCCAAUUCCGGCAACGGAAAGCUCAAAAUGAUGCUCAGAAUCCAGUCAAGAAACAGAAACAGAAGAAGAAGAAGAAAGUAGCUAAUAAAGGGGAAGAACAGCUGCACCGUGUCACAUCUAAACAUCAAUUGCAAGGCAACGAUGCUCGUGCAGAGAGAGGGCCAGCAGGUGAUGGUGCAGAUUUCAUAAUUAAAAGGACUUUACACAGUGGAGAUGUGAUCAAACAGGAUCAAACGUAUACCAUUGAGCCUGAGAGUGAAGUAUCCACAACGGCUGAUGACUAUACAUCAGAGGCAAAUGAUUGUUGUACAGUACAACACGAAACACUAUGUAAAGCAGAAGAUAUAACAAGGGAAGAGGAAUGUAGCAUAUCAGAGAUCUGCUCUGAGCAUGAUACACAGCCAUUUCAGACUAGAUUGGAGAUAAUGGAGGAUGAUUUGGCUGCAAAACAUCACGAGGUUGAAGAGCUGAACAGAGAGCUUGAAGAAUUGAGGAGUGUAUUUGGUACAGAAGGUUUUCAGCAGCUACAGGAUUUUGAAGCUGCAGUCAAACAGAGAGAUGGCAUUAUUACUCAACUCACUGAUAAUCUACAGCAAGCCAGGAAGGAAAAGGAUGAGAUUCUACAAGAAUUUUUGGAUUUGACAGAGCAAAGUCAAAAACUACAAAUUCAGUUUCAGCAGUUGCAGGCUGGCGAAGCAGUGAGAAGUACAAGCCAUGGUACCACAGCUGCUGGCUUAAUUCAUUCCAAGCAGCAACUCGUUGCGUAUCAAAUGCAAAGUGAUGAACAGGAACAACAGCUGAAAACCUUUCAAAAAAUGAAUGAGGAAUGUCAACACCAAAUAAGAUGUUUGCAGGCUCAACUUCAAGAUCGUGCAGUGACUAACAAUGGAAAGACUGACAAAGGCCGACAAAUUGAACAUCUUGAAAAUACAAUUAAAAUUCAUGAAAGUGCCUCAUCACUGUUGAAAGAUAAAAUCUUUACCUCUGAAAAAAUACUUUGUGAUUUAAAUGAACGUAUUUUGCAAAAGAAUCAAGAGUCUGAGAACCUAAAAACUGAAUUAAUUAAUUCAAAGCAAAGGGAGAGACAGUCAUCAGAUGAAAUAAAGCACCUUAUGGGUAAUAUAGAAGCCCUCCAGAAACGCUGCCACAUGGGCAAUUUAUCUGAAUUAGAAACUGUACAAAGGAUUGAAAUAGAAAAUCAUCGCAAAAUGGAGCAACUUCAGGCAGAAUUGGAUGAGAUGUAUGGAAAACAAAUAGUACAAAUGAAGCAAGAAUUGCAACAGCAACAUAUCUCUGAAAUGAGAAAACUUACUGAGCAGCAUAAAUCUGAAAUGGGAAUGGCUUUAGGUCAUUCUGUGAAUAAUUUAGUUAAUGAGGAGCAAAUUGAUGUGUUAAAUAUGGCAAUCAAUGAACUAAAUACCAAAUUAAGAGAUUCUCAUUUUCAAAGAGACCAAAUAAAGCAAGAUAUGACACAACAGUUAGAAAAAGCUUCUGAGAAACAGUUAGAGCUGCAGGAACAAGUCCACGAUCUUUUGCAAGAGCUCAAUUUCACUAAGGGUCAGAUUCGGAAGGCAUCGGAAAAUAUUUCUGAUCACAAAUACAGGAUGCAUGAAGUGGAAGAACUGAAAGACAUGAUUGGCCAAUUGAAGACCCAACUCAUUGCUGCUGCAGAAUCUAAUAAAGAGCUAAAGUCUAAGCAUGAAGCAGAAGUUACCAACUAUAAAAUUAAGCUUGACAUGUUGGAGAGAGAAAAAGAUGAAGUUUUGGAUAGGAUGGCUGGAUCUCAGGAAGCUGAAUUAGAAAGAUUAAGGACUCAACUUCUAUUCAGCCAUGAAGAAGAGCUAACUAAACUGAAAGAAGAUCUCGAAAGAGAUCAUAACUUGAAAGUUAGUACUCUUCAAGAACAACUGUCUUUGAACCAGAGCCAGAAAUUGGUGAGCUUACAAAAAGAUUUAUGUCGAAAAAUUGAAGAGGCGAAUUGUGAAAGGGAUAGUAUGAUCCUUAAAAAUAACCAGUUGUUACGUGAAGUAUCUUUGUUAAAAGAGAAACUCCAGUUGUCUCAGAAUAGCUCUGAGGAAGCAGAGAUGCGUUUGCAAAUAGGUGAACUUGAAAUGGAAAUUGAAGCUCUCAGAAAAGAUGAAAAAGAAAAGACCAUAAUUGAAAAAGGAAUUGUAGAGCUGCAAGGCAGAAAUAAAUGUUUGGAGGAACAGAUUAAGGAGCAGGUAACUAUGAAGGAAAACAUUACUGUGCUUCAGGAAGAGAAUGAAGCCCUAAAAGAGGAGAAAAAUCAAUUGGAAGAAAAGUUGAAUAUUUAUAGUUCAGGUGAAGCAAGUACGUUUACAUCUGUUAGUGAACAUGACCUUUCAGAAAUGAGAGGAAAGAUUGAAAGGCUAACUGUGGUUAAUGAGCAGCUAAAAGCCCAUGAGAGAGAGCUCAAAGAGGAAGUUGAGAGGCAAAGAAACACAUUUUCUUUUGCUGAGAAAAAUUUUGAAGUUAACUUUCAAGAGUUGCGUGAUGAAUAUGACUGCUUGCUGAAAAUGAAAUCAGAUAUAGAAGAAAAGAUGAUGAAGCAAGAGAUUGAAUAUGAAACAAAGUUAAAGGUGUUAAGUGAACAACGGCAGCUUUCAGAAUUGACAAAAGACACUGACAAUUUUACAGUGAUAAGCCAGGUGCAGCUAGACAAAGCCAAUAGCCAAUGUGAAAUUUUAGGAAGCAAAGAAGUAAUUGAAAAAGACACAACUGAGCUCAUGGAAAAGCUUGAAAUAGCUCAACAGGACAAGAAAGAACUAACCGAGAGACUUUCAGAUCUUUCGGAGGUUUUGAUUUUACGGCAAAAUGAACUUUUACAUUUGAAAGAGGAGCUCAAAUUUUUAAAGGAGCAGGCCAAUGAAAGGUGCAAGAAAACGGACAUAAUAGAGAAUCAGAAACUGACAGAUGUUGAAAUGACGAUCCAUGAGGACAAAAUGUCGCGAUUGAAUUUGAUAAAAGCAAAAAAUGAAAGUCAAUCUAACCAGCCAACUUUUUCCAUGACCUAUGAAUUAAAGGAAAAUGAACAGCAAGAAAAUCUAAUGGAGCAAGUUAUUUCACUGCAGAAUUCAAUGAAAAUUAUUGUCUUAGAAAGGGAUGAGUUGCAACAAAAUCAGGUUAACCUUGUUCAAGAAAAAGAAUCUCUAUUAACUGAAAUUAACAGUUUAAGAGAAAAGCAAGAAUCGGAACUUUCAGAUAGUCUUUCAGAAAGGGAUCAUCACUGGCACCAACUCGAGUCUUUACGGGCUGAACAAUCUGGCUUGGCUGAACCUGCACAGCAGAAGUCAUCUCUGGAAGAAAUCCUGCACAAAAAUGGAGAGGAAAUAAAAAAUACAUUUGUUACUGCUCAGCAGGAAAGGUUGGCACGGGAGAAGAUUAAAGAUACGGCUGGAGAUUCUAUUUGUGAACUGAAUCCGGGGUUGAGUGAAAAUCAGGCUGAGCUAAAGCUUCAGUUGAUGGCUCAACGCAUCAGUCUCACUCAGAUUCAUGCUGCACAGAUGGAGCUUGUCCGUGACAGUUUAAAAAAGGAAACAGAGGUUGCACAUGAAAGACUCCAAGAAAAGCUCACAGCUGCUCAUGCUUUGGAAAUAAAUGAACUUCAAGCACAAUUUCAGCAGGAUUUACUGAACAUUAAAGCAUCUCAGAAAGGUACUGAAGAAUCAUCACAAAUGCUGAUGGAGAGGCUCAGUGAGAUGAUUUCCGGUGAAUGUGUGCAGCUCUCCCAGUCCUUUGCCAGUACACUUGGUGAAGAUUAUUUGCUAGAAAAGAGGAAGCUCGAGGAAGAAUCUGGUGAAGCUUUAACACUGGGAAACACAGACGAUACGCAAAAGGAAAAUCAGUUAGAUAAAGACCAUGUUGAAGAAGCAAAAGGAAUGCAAACAAAUCUAGAGAGACUUAAAAAAUAUCUCUUUGAGGAAUAUAAUCGGCUGGUAGCUCUUCAAACACAAUUAACUGAUGAUUUCCAAAAGAUUGAAGAUCGCCAAGCUGCAUACCUACAUUUGAAAUUUCAAAUGGAAGAAGAAAAUGUUGGAUUGCGUAUGCAGAUAGAAAGCUCACAUGCCAGUUCUCAAGACCUUAAUGAUCUUAAGGAACAGUUAAGAAUCCGGUCAGCUCGGCUUGAAGAGAUCGUAAAACUAAAGCAGGAAUUUUGCCUACAGAAGGCGGAGUUGCAAGAGCAACAUGCAGAAGAAAUAAAAAGUUUGAAGACUACCUAUGAACAGCAAUAUCAAGAGAUGGAGGCAAAAUAUACAGGAGAAAACAUCAGUCUACAGCAAAAACUACAGAAGAUGACUGGCUUUGUCUCACAGUCCAGGACAGGAAUAAAUGCACCUGCUGAGCCUGUGAUGGGACGUUCUGCUGUUGAGGUGGAAAAACAAAGAAUGGAGGAAUACAAGGCUGAGUCAAAAGCGGACAGUAUUCAGGAGCAACAAUGGCACAUGAAUCACCCAAGCCUUUUACAACAGGAACCAAAUUUGAAAAAGGCAUUGCAUGGUUUGGAAGAGCAUUGCCAUCAAAAUCAAAAACAAAUGGAAUCUAUAGUAACACAUUACAGUCUGGAGAGGAAAGUGGUUGGUGAGUCGGCUGACCUUGCUGGAGGGGAGCCUAAUACAAGUGUUCAAAGUUUGAAUGAAAUCCUUUCAAAAGUUGCUUUGGAAGUGACUGAAGAGCAAAAUAGGGAACUUGCUGAAUCUGUACAUCAUCUGCAACAGCAAUAUGAAGAACGGUUGCAGGAAGAAAUUGCCAAGGUAAUUGUACAGAUGUCUGUACAGUUUGCUCAGCAAACUGAGAUGGCUAGGGUGAGUAGGGAUGAGCAAGAUAAAUCUAAUACAUGUAGAGUAACUGAAGAAUCGCAGACAGAAAUGGAACCUAUUCCAAAACAAGAUCUCCAGUUUGAUACAGAGAGAAACAAAAUGGAAGAAUUGUUUUCAGAAGAAAAAGGGGAGUUCCAGAGAGAACUUACACAGAAGAAUACAGAAGCUCUUUCUGUUGAAAGGCAAAUGCAAAAUGUCAAAAUUGUGUAUAAAUUAGGGACACAUGAUGUGAUUUCAGAAGCUGAUUUGCAAGAGGAAUUUUUGAAUGCUGAACAAGAACUGUUUAGCGAUUUUUGUGCGACAGGUAACUCCAACCUGAAAGAAAUGAGCUUGCAAUGUAAAAUGGAAAUAAAUGAAUUCGAGAACCAAGAACUUGCACAGGAGAGACUAGAAGACCUGAGACAGGAGCUUGUUCGACAAGAUCAGGAGUAUCAGCAAUCAUUAGAAGCUUUACGACAAUUGCAUGCACAACAAUUGGAGAGGCUGCAAGAUGAUCAGGAACAAUUGUUGGCUGAAAUGGAAAGAUUAAAAGGGCAGCUUCAAGAGAGUAUUCCUGAUGAUAACGUGAAUGUGGUAUUGGAAAAUGAAAGUAUGCUUGCAGAACUGGAAAAACUUAAAUGUCUUCCAGCACCUGGAGAGGAAACACCCCUUCUGGGAUAUUGUGACAGCAGCACACAGACAGAGAUGAGUGAGAGAGAAGACCAGCAUAUAUCCCAAAAGCAUUCUGAUCAAUCUAAGAACAUACCAUCGUUUGAAGAAAAGUCUGAAGAAGCAAAUCAAAGGGUCCUCAUAAAUCAAAGUAGUUUACAAAAGGCCAAUGACAGACUCUUGAAAGUUUUGUUGGAAGUUGUUAAGACAACGGCUGCUGCAGAAGAAACUAUAAAUCGGCAUGUUUCAGCCUUUGUAGAAAGAUCAGUGAAGGGACAGCCUCCUUCAAGAAGUUCUUUGUGGGAACAAGAUGAACAAGAAUCCAUUGAGCAACUGAAGCCUUUCACACUUCAUAGUCAACAAAAGGAUGAUCAGUCAGAUUCCUAUCAGGACACUGAUACAGAAGGUGACACUACUGUUCCAUGGUCAGGAGGGACAACUGAAGAACUGGAACUGGAUCACCAUUUCACACAGACCAUUUUCAGUGGUGGAGAACUAGAUUCUGAAACUGAAGAGCUUGUAUUACAUGUGGGAACUCGCCUACAAGUAGCUUUGGAAAAAUUGUUGGAAGCUAUUACUGAGACUGCCAACCAGCUUGCCCAUGCCAGGAUCACUCGAACAAAGCUGGUACGAGAUUCUGUCCGUCAGAAAGAGCUGAUAGCCGAAUUACGUAAACGCCAUGAAGAACUCCAGGAAAGAGUUAAUGAAGAAUUGAAGGCUAGGGAGCAGCUAGCAUUGGAGCUUCAUAAAGCAGAAAGCGUCAUUGAUGGUUACACGGAAGAAAAAGCUAACUUGGAAAGGCAGAUUCGGGAGAAAGAUGAGAGUCGGCAUCAGAUUGCACAAGAGCUCCAGCACACGAGUACCCGUCUACAAGAACUGGAAGAGGAGCGACAACAGCUUCAACAAGAAAGAGACCUGAUCGCAAGGCAACAAGUUGCAAUGAAAGAAAAUGCAGGAUCUGUUGAGCUCCGCAUAGUUGAAGCUGCAGAUGCAGCACCAGAAGCAGAGCUUUUGGAGGAAACAGAAAAGCUCAUGAAGGAAAAACGGGAAGUGCAACGUCAGGCAGAAAAAGAACAGAAUGACUUCACAAAACAGGUGAAACUGCUAGAAUGUGAAUUAGAGGAACAGGUGAUCCUGAAGAUGGAAAUUGAGCAGGAAAAGAGUACUGAGAUUUUGGAUCUACAGCAGCAGAUUUUGGCACUGGAGAAACAACUGGAGAAAAACAGGAAAUUCUUGGAUGAACAAGCGAUUGACCGUGAACAGGAGAGAGAUGUGUUUCAGCAAGAGAUACUGAAAUUAGAACAUCAACUGAAAACUCCCCAAAGGCUCCAAUCGAAUAACGAUCAAAGAAAUAGAGAGAUGGAUCAUCUGACUGAUCAGUUGAAAGACAAGACUGACCGGUGUAGUGAACUUCUGCUUGCCAAAGAACAGCUUCAGAGAGAUGUGCAAGAACGGAAUGAAGAAAUUGAUAAAUUAGAAAACAGAGUUAGAGAACAGGAGCAGACAUUGAUCCGUACCACUUGUCCAUUACAAAAGGCUGAAGAAAGAAAACUACUGGUUACCUCAGAAAUGAAAGGGGACAAUGCACUUCAGAUACAGCUGCAAGCCGAACGUGAUGCUUUAGAAAGAAAGGAGAAGGAGAUUGGAAACUUGGAAGAACAAUUAGAACAGUUCAGAGAAGAGCUAUUAAAUAAGAAUGAAGAAGUUCAGCAGUUGCAUAUGCAGUUAGAGAUUCAGAGAAAGGAGUCUGCCACUCAACUACAAGAGAUUCAACAAGAAAACAAACAACUUAAGAAUGAAGUGGUAAACUUGCUGCCAUCCACCCAAAGUCCUAGUGAGUCAUCUGAUAAUCGUCACUCGCCUGCUAAGGAUUUGUCUAGAAAUCUCAGAGAAAAAGAUGAAGAAAUAGUAACACUCAAUGAACAAAUUAUAACAAUGCAACAACAGCUGGAACUCUUCUCUGACAAUAAGAUUGCUGAGAAAAAGGAUGAACAGCUCUGGGACCUGGAAGCACAAAUAGAAUAUCUUAAAAGUGACCAAGAACGUCUAAAAAAGCAUAAUGAGGAAGAGGUUGAACAAUUAAAUGAAGUUAUAGAAAAGCUACAACAGGAACUGAUGAAAGUAAUGCCAUUGGACGUAGUUCCUUCUGAAAAGGCAGAGAAUUUGAAGCAUCAACUUGACAUGAUGAUGGAAAAAGAACUUCUGCAGCAGCAAGUGGAUAAGCAGAGAGAAGAGGUGAUCUCUACAAAGCAGAAACUUGAAGAGCAAAGCAAGUUGUUGCAAACUCCAGGAUUAGAAUUUGCAAAUAUCACAGUGGAGACAAAGGAUAAUUUUACAGAAGGUUCACAAGAAACUAUAAACAAUAUGAAGUUCAGGAUGCAGGAGCUGCAGGUAGCUAUCAUAAAGAAAGAAAAAAAGUUAGAUUUGUGUCAACUUCAAAUACAGAACUUAAGGGAACAAGCCCAGACUGAGGCUAGACUGCAUGAGAAGCAAAUUCUUGCUUUGGAAGAUGCUCUCAGAGAAAAGGUUGCAACAGUUCUAGUGAGUCAGGUACAGUUAAAGGCUGUACAGCAACAAAUUGGGCUCUGCCGAGAGCAAUACCAAAGUCAAAUGAAAGAAAGUGAAAAUGUUUCGGAUCUCAAAGACGAUACUGUCUUGGUGGAACAACUACAAGGAGGAGAACAAACGCAGCUGUGCCAAAUAGGUUCAAAAGAAUCCAAUCAAAUAAUUCCACAACAUAAUGGAAGGACUAAUAGUGAAUACCAAAGUAAAGAGGUUAUAAUAUUGAGGAAGCAGCUAACUGAGCUGCAACAGCAAUUGAUUGAUCUCCAAAAGGAGCUUGAACUUGAAAAGCAAGUACUGUCCACUACUCAACAAGAAGCUGAAGAGAAAGAGAAGAAAUUAACUGACUUGCGUGACAUUUUAGAGAAGAAAAUGUCAGCAGAACAAGACAACAGAAUACAGACUCCUGAAUCAUUAAUUGCUAUUGACAAUGUUCCAUCACUAGAAACUCCUGCUCAACUAGGUGCCAAUUCCAUAACUAACCUGGUUUCAGAACUAAAUCAGGUCAAAGCUGAAGCUGCAAUAACCAAAGAAGAAUUAAAUAAUUACAGAGAGCAGACUGAAAAACUCCAGGAAGAUUUACAGGCAAAGGAACAAAUGAUAAUUCAUCUUCAGGAGCAGCUCAAUGCUGCAACCGAGGCCUUGUGCAAAGCAGAAGAGGAAAAUGCUCAUUUUGAACCAGGCCGGCUAAUUCCAGAAGAGUGUAAACAUUUAGAUGGCACCAAAGAGCAAAAACAAUAUUUGGUUAAAGAAAGGCAGAUAAAAAUCCAAGCAAAUUCAACAUUUACAUCUGAUGUUGUUGAUGGUAUGCUGAUCACUCGUGAAAAUGCAACAGAACAAUUUAAGCCUUCAUUUGCUCCUUCAGAGGAAAUUACAAAUAUAAAAUGUCAAUGCUCUGAGAGAAUUGAUCAACUACAAGAGCUACAUGCUGUUGAAAUGACCAAGCUGGAAAAAAUGCAUUUCAAUGAAAUGGAAGUUUUGAAAAGAGACUAUACAACACAGAUAAAUACACUGACAGAAAAGGACCAUGCUCUCAAAGCAAUGGCUCAUGUUGGUUCGUCAGAGCCAUCUGCCACGUUGCAAUUCAGGGAUAGAGAUAUCAGUGGGCAGGAACAAACAACCUUUCCAGGAACAACCAGAAAACUGAACAACGUGCCUCACACAGCCCAAUCAACUUUAGAACAAGGUACAGAGAAUCUUCCUGACAAAAUAAAGUCUUUACUUCAUGAAGUACAUCUAGAGGGUAUGCAGGUGCUGUCCCUAUCAGAAUCGCCAUACCUGGAAGAAAAGGAGCAACCGUUAGAAGAUAAUCCAGACUACUGGCACCAGGAAAGACAAGGACUUCUAGAUGUAGUGCAGUCACUUAAAGAUGUCCUUUCCAAAAUUCAGGGCAGUGGCGAAGCAAAGACUUUAUCUACUGAAAACAUCACGGACUGGCGACGUGAACUACUACAAGCUGUCCAGCAUGUUUUUAACAAAGAACAUGAUGCUUUCAUAAUGGCUCUGCAUGCACAAGCUCCAUCCUUGAAUAAUGUGGAUGCAAUGAAAUUAUUGAACCUACUGAAAGAACAGGAAACCCAGAGGAGAGCUGAUGUGCAACUUUUAAUGACUGCAGAUCGGAACAGCAUGAUGAUGGAAAUACGUGAGCUUUGGUCUUACCUGCAGAGAGUGCAACAGGGUCACAGGACGCCCGUGGAUGGGCAAGAAUACAGUGCACAAAGAAUGGAAUUACUGGAAAACAAUCUGAAACAGAAGCAGGCUCAGAUUCUAACAUUACAGAUGGAAUUGAAUACACUGAAGGCAAAGGGAGUUGAAUUCCAAGACCACCAGAAUUCAGAGAAGAUGCUGAUGGCAGAAUUGAAAAGUGAACUUUCUCAAACAAAGCUGGAACUUGAAACCACACUGAAGGCGCAGCACCAACACUUAAAAGAGUUGGAGAUGAUGAGGGUUGAGUUAAGUGAAAAGGCAGCUGCAGUAGAAAGGCUAAACACUGUACUGGAAAAAGAACAGAAGAAGUUCCAAGAACUGGAGUGGGCAGUGGAAAAGGAAAGGUGUAAACCAGAUAGAAAAGAGGAGCAUGACCGAGAAAAAUUAGAGGAUUUGAAGGUGGCACUUGAGGAUCAAAAGAGAAAACAUUUGCAAUUGGAGUGUGCUUUGGAAAAGGAACGGACAGCAGUAAGUGAACUGAGACAGAGCAUCGAUUCUGAGAAAGCCCUACACAAAGCUGAACUGUCACAAGAGAGAAGCCGUAUUACUGAGCUCCAGAUUGUCUUGGAUGCUGAGAAAACUAGAGCUUGCGAGUUAAACAGUGCAUUCGAACAAGAACGUCAACUCUCUAAGCAACUUCAGAGUGCCGAGAAGACGCAGGAAGCAAUGCAGAAUCCAUCAGGGAAGUCUUCUGAAUUGCUACUUUUGGAGCUACAGAAACAGGUAAAUGAUCAGCGUAACAGGACUGUGGAGUUGGUGAGCGAAAUGGAGAAGUAUAAACUUGAGUCAUUUCAGUUGAGGCAACGUCUUGAGGAGCAGCAGCAGAUUCAUAGGAAAUCUCUAUUAAAAGAGCAAGAAUCUCACAGACUGGUUCUGGAGAAAGUGGAUUCGUUACAGCUCCAGGCUAAAGAACUCUUACAGCAGCUGGAGAAAGAAAAACAUGAAGUUUUAAAAUUGCAAAGAGAGAAGGGAAAAUUGAAAGAGACUCUUCUGGCAUUGCAUGGAACUGAUCAAGUGAGAAGUGAAAGAGCAGCAGAACGUCGAUCAGAGAUGGAUGUUACUGAGAAAGUUCCUCAGACUGAGGCUACAUGCAAAACUGAGCUUUCAUCAGACAGAACGAGAGACUGGAUUAUUCAACAAAAGCUGGCAACAACAGAAUCCAGAAAGAGUGCAUCAGUUUCUGACAAGCUUAUGUAUGCUCAAGCAGUCAGCGGUGCUGAGCUUGACGGGGGAAGCAACGAAUCUGGAGAAGUUGUUAACUUGGAGAGCAUCAGGCAGAAAUUACAGCUGAUUAUUUCCAAACUCUCAAUAAUGGUCAACAAAGCUGCAAACAGAAUAACCAGCCCAAUUUUUCAUAACAGGAUUCAGGGUGGUGCCGAAACCACAGAUGAAAAUGACCUGAUUUGGCUACACAACAGCAUUCAGGAUUUGGCUUUGCGGUUACAGCAACUGCAAAUUCCUGUAUUUGCAGAGCAGAAUAUAACUUCUACAGGAUCAACAAGUACUCUCAUUGAGCGGAUAUUAAGGCAAAAUGCAGACUUGACGGGUUUUGUUAGCAGACUCUCUGAAGAAAAGAAUGACUUGCACAAUAGUCUUCUGAAACUCGAAGAAGAGGUUCGAAAAUAUCGUCAGCUCAGUUCCAGUGGCGAGCAGUUAACUAGAAGACAUUUGGACAACCAGGAUUGCGUUGACACCUUAAUAAAAUCAGAGAGAACCGUAUGGUCAAAAGAAAAGUCCAAUCUUCAGCAGGCCCUGAAGCUGGCUGAGGCGGAGUUAGCUAAAAUGAAAGCAGAAGCCAGAAAUGAAACUUUACAGACAGAACUGUUUGGGUCAGGUUCUGAAAAUAUUGCUCUAAAGAGAAUUUAUGGAAAGUAUCUGCGGGCAGAAAGUUUCCGAAAGGCACUUAUUUAUCAGAAGAAGUACUUGUUACUUCUACUCGGUGGAUUUCAAGAAUGUGAGCAAGCGACGCUCUCCUUUAUCGCCAGAAUGGCCGGUCACCCCAGCUACACCAGUUUACAGGUUAUCACCCAGCGAUCCAGAAGCUUUACCCGUUUCCGCUCUGUGGUUAGGGUUGCCAUAGCAAUCUCAAGAUUAAAAUUUUUGGUCCGUAGAUGGCAGAAGGCCACUGUGUCAAGUAGCCUAAACAGGAAUGGUCAUGGACAGAUAUUGGCUAAUGAACUAAGAAUGGAUUCCCCUUUUCUGCAUUCUGGGACCUUAUCUUUGGAGUCAUCUUUGUCCAGAGAAUUAUUUGGAGAUCGUAGACACUGCACAAGUAGACAAAGGUCUGGUCAAGAAUCCCCCAGAUCAGCCACAAACACUCAACCCAGGUAUCAAUCCAGCCUACCUGAUUCUAAUUCAGGUUCUAUAGCUGCCUCACACCUCCAAACCUACGACCCUGACAGAGCUUUAACAGAUUACAUUAACAGACUGGAAUCACUGCAGCGACGACUGGGGACUGUGCAGUCAGGUUCAGCGUCUUAUGCUCAGAUGCACUAUGGGACUAGAAGAUAAUGCCUUGGAAACUGAGCUCGACCUGAAACGGAUUGCCUUUGAAGCUGUGCUUUGAAUAUUUUUUUGUUCUUUAUUGUUUUAUGUAUAUUGUGGGAGUUUAGUGGAUUGGAUAAUGAAAAUGUCUUGCCUGCAAGUCUAAAUGUAUUUUAUCCUUUAUAUAAGUUUAAGCUUCCAAUGUGCAGAAUACAAUCUGUCUAAAUAAUUUAACUGUAUAUUUGUGGAUUGCUAAUUUAAACAUGAUUGUAACUUAAUGCUGUUUAUUUAAAGGGUAGAAGGAAAAAAAAAGUUUAUUAAAUGAUUCCAAAUGCACUGCAGUCUUUCUGGUGGCUGCUGUGGUUACACUACAAGGUCCAUGAUAGCUUUGGCAUUAUGGACAGCAAGUACAGUUUGUAGAGGAAUUAUUUUUGUAAUGGUAGAGGUUUUGAAUUAUAUGGGUAUUUUGUCAAAGCAUUGGAAUAAACAGGAAUUUAAAAUUAA